AUGCGCUACCGAAACUGGGAUGUGCUGUUGUUUCCUGGUGGUGGCCGAGUGCCCGUUUCCGAGUUUAGAACCCAAUGCUUUGUGACCAGAGACCAUGACGCACCCUAUCUUCAGGCCUUUCACCUGGGCCCACAGGGAUACCAAGGGUCAUUGAUGUUCAAUCAAUUGCCCGUCCUGACGACUUUCAUUCCCAGUUUGGUGGUUGAUAGUCAGUUUCAGAUAUCCGUUCACAGCUGGGAGACUCCGCGCCCUAGUGUCCAGUUCGAGUCCAACAUGGGACCGGAGGACACUGUAAUGUUCGAAGCUCGCGUUUACAUUGAUGGUGUCUUUUCAUCGCUUGAGUUCCCGUGCGAUGCCAUCGACCCCUCCGUUUCGGAUUCCAUACUGACGAAGAUAGAUCCCGAUCGAGAAGGUAAUCAGGACUACCUUCGUUUCCCGCCCUUCCACCGCGAGAUACUCCAGCAAAGGGCGUGGGAUGCAGCAGACCCGCAUGGUCGCGUCAAGGUCGUUCUUGCAGAAGGCGUCUCUCGUCCAAACCGCACGCCACCUUUUGAGCGUUACAGAGACUUUCUUGUCUUCUCCUUUCAACAUGCACCUCUGAACGUUUUGGAAAAUGCCGAAAUUGCAUGGCCGAAUCCCAAGCUGUGGUUGCCAGUUUCGAGUACUCCUCGUUAUGCAACGGCGACAGCCCCAUACGGUAGCGCAAAGGAAUGUGACGAUCAUGGUCAUUCGCCAGUCAGACCCGGGAGACCUGAGCAAGCUAUAGGAAUGGCAGUCAAUCCAAGCAGUCAAUCGAGUAGCGACACAGCCACCUUCAGUGGCAGCUCUUUGUCGGCCUACAAUGUCUGGGCACCCCAUCGUGGCUUUCCAAUUCCGGUACCCCAGUGGAAUGAGUAUCCACAAGGACCGCGAUGGGAGCCACAAGACUCCCAUUUCGUUGAAGCAGGGAUGGAUCCCACAUUUGAGGAUAUAGCAUGGCGUCAGCGCGGUGCCCGAUCAUCUGGUGAAGAUGUUGCGAUGCCCGAUUACAGCUCGGCCUCGAGCAGCAGUCGACCUCUUUCCAGCUUGACCAGUUUCAGCUUUGAGCACAGCAAUCCAAGCAUCCCUGAUUAUCUCGUCGAUCGCAGCAACCGAAGCAUCGCCGUUCACCUCGAUGACGACCAUCGCUACAACGAGCUCAUUCAAUCUCUUACACCUACCAAGGCAGCACCGGUGAUAGGCUCCCGCACGCCCUCCAACACUCCAUCGGAAUCCAUGCCACCUCCAAAGCUAUCUUCCGCGGCCUUAGCACGGUCGGCACGAUAUACUCGUAGUCACCGGGCUUUGGUACUUACGGAUAGCUCACAGCCAAGCACACGAGAAGUUUCUGGAUCGAGUCAGUCUCUCGCUUCCGAGAAGCUCCCUAGAAGGGAGGCUAGGAGAGUCUUCAAGAAGAAGUCAAGUCAAGAGAUAUCCAAGGGAUCUUUGAAAAAGGCCAUUCAGGCUGAUACAGACAAGCAUAAGGUCUCGGGCAAAGAGGCCCAGCCUAGCCAGAGCUCUGGCAAAGACUCUCAUGAGACUCUGGACAAGAGCCCUAAGGGCGCCGAUCAUGAGAACCUGGAGAAAAAUGCGAGAGACAUUGCAAAGCAGGUCGAGGAGCUGAUUGCGGAGGGAUUGCAGGAGUGUGAGGUAGCAGAGUCGUAA